GCCAGAAAAGAGUUGAUUGUUCAGUAGUGAAAACGUGUUUUAUAAUACGCUACUUUAUAAAUAACGUAACAUUGAUAUGUCGAUACACAAUAUCGUCAAAAUAUAUGCAAAUGUUCGGUAUAAAAACUCAAAUAAGUUCACUAAUCAAACAAGAUCUUUGGCAACUAAUAUAACGGAUUCUCUGAAAAUGCCGGACUGUAAACACAUACCUUCAACUUACAUGGGUUUAAAUUACGAAGAGAUAAAGAAAGCACAUGAGUCAAUAGUGUCUCCUUCUUUAAGACCAUUUUAUAAGAAACCCUUAAUUAUUCAUGAAGGUCAUAAACAAUGGUUGUGGGAUCAUCGUGGGAAACGUUAUUUGGAUAUGUUUGGUGGUGUUGCUACAAUAUCUGUUGGACAUUCUCAUCCGAAAAUAGUUGCAGCUAUAACUGAACAAGCAACAAAAUUAAACCAUGUAUCCUCAGUAUAUAUGCAACCUCGUUUACAUGAAUAUGUAAAGAAAUUAACUAAAAAAUUUCCGGAAAAGCUAAAAGUAGUUUAUUUAACGAAUAGCGGUUCAGAGGCAAAUGAAUUAGCAUUCUUAAUGGCUAGAGUUCACACACGUAAUCAUAGCAUCAUUUCACUGAAAAAUGGUUAUCAUGGAGCAACUUAUGGGACGGUAGCAUCCACUGCUAUAAGUACUUGGAGGUACCCAUUUGUUGUACAACCACCCGGAUAUUUGCACGUGACCUAUCCAGAUGUUUAUAGAGGUCAGUGGGGUGGUUCAAAAUGCAGGGACUCAUUAGUGCAAGCAAAUAGGCAUUGUGACUGUAACAAUGAAAAAUGCGUAGCAUCAGAGAAGUAUUUCACUGAAUUUGAGGAUACGUUUCGUUUUAGUUUGCCCCGUGCACAGGGUAUAGCUGCGUUCAUAGCUGAGAGUAUUCAGGGAGUCGGAGGAGCAGUACAAUAUCCCAAAGGUUUUCUUCAAAGGGUGUACAAUUAUAUCCGUGACAAAGGCGGUCUUUGUAUAGCGGAUGAAGUUCAAACUGGAUUUGGUAGAACUGGUGAACAUUUUUGGGGCUUCGAAAGUCAUGGGGUGCUACCUGAUAUAGUGACACUGGCAAAAGGUAUGGGAAAUGGAUUUCCUCUUGGCGCGGUAGUCACUACCACCGAAAUAGCCAAUAGUCUAAAUGCUGCAUUGCAUUUCAAUACUUUCGGUGGAAAUCCGAUUGCAUGUGCCGUGGGAACGACGGUGCUUGACAUCAUCGAAGAAGAGGGACUUCAAGAAAAUGCGCAUAUCGUUGGCAUGUACUUGAUCAAUCGUUUGAAUUCUUUUCUAUUGGAAUUCCCAAAUAUCGUAGGCGAUGUUAGAGGUAAAGGACUAAUCAUCGGCAUAGAAUUAAUUUCAAAUUCAGGAACGAAAGAACCAUUAGCAAACGAAUGUAUGACCGAGAUUUUCGAAGACAUAAAAGAUAUGGGUGUCCUUCUCGGCAAAGGAGGAUUAUGUGCAAACGUAUUGAGAUUAAAACCACCUCUGUGUGUAAGCAAACAGGAUGCGGACUUUACAUUCAAUGUAAUUAAGAAGGUGUUAGAAAAACAUCAACAGAAACACUUGAAAGUAUAAUUAUAAACGAAAUAUAGUUCAAAAAGAACAUAUAAACACAAUCCCUUUUAUUUGGUACAAUCAGUUAUAAUUUACAUUAUUUAUGUUACAAUUUGUACAAUACAGUUUUUGUAGUGUUAUUAAAUUAAGUUAGCAUGCAAAUUGUGUGACUACUGUUAAGUUAAAUUGAUUAUUCACAGUAUAGAUAAACAAUAUAUUUGGCAAUAAAAUUAUUUUUCUUCAA